AAAGAUGAUCCUGCCGUACCAGAGGUUGAUACACCUUUAGAGGAUUUAGCGGCAUCCCUAGAACUGGAUGUAGCCGCAUUUAGUUCGUCAAUCUUAGCCAGUCUGCUGGAAGUAGACAUUCAAGAAGGUGUGGGUGAGGUGGAAGUGCCAGCCAAACAAUUCCUCUCACCCAACGACAACACCGUAGUACUAAAGAAACAGCCGCGCAAGAAGACAACGAAUAAGCCAAAUCCAGCGCUGCUGCAGCUGGAGCGUCUGCGCAUGGAUGAAAUGAAGCGCAAUGACCCUAAACUUAAAAUGAAAUUGGUUGUCAACUUGACUCGUGCAGAGGACGAAUAUGAAGUGGCACGCAAGUAUACAGAACGAAUAAAUAAACCCUCAACGACAGCAACGCCAGCAUCAGAAGAGUUCGAGCAACAAAUUAAAGGUAAUAGUGUAGAAAAAGAAAGUCUUCCGGAGAAGUCACCAGUGACAGUAGAAAUAUCAGAUGAAUCAGAACCAGAGACAACAAAGGAUAAAACGCUAAGUGUGGACAAUGAAGAGAAAGAUGUUCCUGACUCAAAUAAAGAUGCUGUACAAGAGACGCAGCAGCUCGAAAGCGAAGAAGUGCUACAGACAACUGAAGAAACACCACAGAGCCCGAAAGACAAUGAAGCCACAGCAGCCAAGGAAAAUGAAGCAGAUGCUGAAAAGGUAGAAUCGCCACAGGACAUAAGCGACACAAUUGAAGCUAUGGAUGUGGCAGAGAUCUUGAAAUUCACAGAACUAGCAGCAGCGAAUGAAUUGCCGGAUGAAAUAAUGGAGGUGGAUACGCCUGAAGUUGUAAUGGAAACAGUUGAGGAAACUAAUACGCCUGAAGCUGUAAUGGAAACAGUUGAGGAGACUAAAGAUGCUGAAGAUGAAGCGGACAAGACUGAACUACCCCAGGCUCAAACAGAAACUGCGUCAAGCGAAACAACAGUGACUGUAGAAGUAAACACAGCAACAAAUUCAAGCGAGUCAGGCAGUAAACCCAACGAGAGCUCUGAACAAAUCGACACAAAUGAUGAUGCUGCAGUUGAAUAAAGCAUGGCGUCAUUGUAGAUUUAUAAAUAGAGAUUAAUAAACGCUUCAAUCUCGAAUGUAAUUUGUUAUUGUAGUCUUUAAUUUGACUUGUGUCAUCAACUAAUUUUGAAGAAUUGCUAAACUUCAACCUUUAGCCUUGCUAUGCUAUCAAAAUGUAUU